UGAAAAUAUGAAUCUCGUUAUCAAUCGGGCGGGAAAAGUUCCGUCUGUUGAGUUCCAUCUGUGUUUGACUUGUUUUAAGUCAAAAAGGUAGUUUUGAGUUUUGCCAUGGAAAUGGAAGUGGAUGGAACGAUCAACACAGAAAGGAGCCUGAGUCUCAUUGGAUCACGGCAGGUCUCCGUCACCGUGCAGGACAUCGAGGCGACUGCCCUUCUCUUAAGAGUGAUCAAAGGCAGAAUAUUGUUUCUCCUUUCGAAAAAUAACACUUCGAAUAGCACACAUAAUGAUUGGUCAUCGGUGGACCACGAUUCUAACGACGAAGUAUCAAUUUAUUUGCUUAAAGUCGCCUUGAAAUACAUGAAACGAUGUGUUGACACUCAUCCAGCCCUGUCGAAUUUUCUAUGGCAGAAGAUUGUCCUUAACGAAUCCGACAAAGCAAUUGUCCACAAACAAAAAUCCAUUUCAAAAGACUUUUUGUUGGAACAGGCGGUAAAAGAAGUCGUGAACCUUGCGGUCCACAUUUAUGAGCUUAUGAACAAAAAGCUUAAACAGUCCAAGAAGUACAUGGAAGUUGUGCACAUGAGCUGGCAAGUACAGUCUAACGUGAACCAGGUUAUCCCAGAUUCUGAGGAUGAAGAGAGUGAUGUUAGCGAGAAAAUACGGUUUCAGAAAUCGAAAGGAAAUGCUUUAAGGCGAGUAAAACGAUUGGGGGAAAUCAUACAGAGGCUUCUUGUGAUUUAUCCUGUUGACUAUAAGAAGAACGAACCAAUGAGAACAAUUUUGAAACGUCUUGUCAUUGUUGAUUCAAUGUAAUAGGAAUUUUCUUAAGAUGUCUGUUUUAUAUUCUAUUUCUUCUUAAAAAAAUGUAUGUUUACAAAUUUUUUAUGUACCUUAUAUAAUCUCAAUAUCACAUGCUUAUUAUAGGUACAUACAUCAUGUGAAAAAUUGAAACUAUGACUUCUUGUGGCAAUAAUCGCAUUUAUGUAAUUUACAAAAUAAAUUACCAGCACGCCAUGAAAAUCGCCUACCUCUGUUCUGGAAGUUUAGGGUCAUAUCUUGGUCUUAUUUGUCCCACCGUCAAAAUUAGAUUCUAGGAGAUGAUAAAGGUAGGCCAUUUCAGCCCCCAAUUGGUUUUUAAGUCUAAAUCUAUUCUCACUUUUUAAUGAAUUCUUUCUUCUUUUACCAUUUAUUCAAGUAGAGGGUGGUUCUCGAUAUUUGCUGCAUCACUCUAGUCUAAUUGAGGGUCUGUGUUAGUCAAUAUUCCACAAUCAGCCCAUUCACACUAAUAAA